UCAUUUUGAAUUUUUAGUAAAUCAAUGUUGAGUGCCAGCAGAGGAAAUCGUCGUCAUAAAGAUCGUUCUGAAGUGGAAACCGCUGUUCGCGGACCCGAUCUUCUGUUGAAAGCAACGGAUGAAACAUCCAGUGAUGGUGCAUCCACUUCACUUUCAAAGUCAGUUGAAGAGUCGGCACCGAAUAAAGAUAAAAGUAAUAGUUCCUUAGUGAAAAGUCAUCAUGUUCUUAAGAUUAAACUCAAGAAAAUCACAAAUUGGAGUGGAUGUAGUGGAGCACUUCUCGACGAUGAGCCAUUCUAUCAUGGAUACAUGUCUCGUGAAGAGUCUGAAAAACUGGUUCGCUCACAAGGAGAGUUCCUUCUUCGUAAAACUGAGCUAACAAAACGUGGAGAAGUGGUAGUUCUCUCGGUGUUCUGGGAUGAAGGUGUUCAUCAUUUGGUUGUGGAGAAGGCAAAUAAUGGACUUUAUUAUCUGAAAGAGUUUUGUUUCGAAAACAUAAGUGAUCUUGUCCGUUAUCAUCAUCAAACUAGAGCGAGCGUCUACAAAUCUGGAAUUAAAUUGUUCAGUUGGGUGGUCAGAGAAGAAUGGCAAUUGUACCAUGAGCAGAUUAAUUUGGGAAAGAAAUUGGGAAACGGAGAGUUUGGAGAGGUUUUCCAAGGAGUUCUAUCUGUUGGAAUAUUCACAAAUGAUGUGGAAGUUGCUGUGAAAACGAUGAAAGGAAGUAAAGUUACAGCUGAUGAAAGAAUAACAUUCCUUCGUGAAGCUAAUCUGAUGCUGAAACUGAACCACAAGUAUGUUGUCCGAUUGUAUGGAGUUGCAACUCAACAAGAACCAAUAAUGAUUGUAAUGGAAUUAUGUUCUGGUGGAUGCUUGAAAAGUCGAAUCGAGAAGAAAGAUGAACAAUUGAGUGAUGUGUUGAAAAGAAAAUAUUGCAAACAAAUUGCAAAAGGGAUGAGAUAUCUAGAGAAAAAACAAGUUAUUCACAGAGAUUUGGCAGCUCGUAAUGUACUUCUUGAUAAAUCCGACAAUUGUAAGAUCAGUGAUUUUGGUCUUUCUCUCUUCGGAAAAUUGCACAAGGAGCAGAAACUCAUGAAGGUUCCAAUCAGAUGGUUAGCACCAGAAACUCUUCUAAAAGGAAUUUAUUCAUCAAAAUCUGAUGUUUGGAGUUUUGGAGUUGUGAUGUUUGAAGUGUUCAGUGGAGAAUAUCCAUAUGCAGAUGUUAAGGUAUUGAAAGAACUUCGACGAAAAGUUGCUCACGAAAACCUGCGUUUGAAACCUCCAAGUGAUAUGCCAACUGAUGAUGCAAAAGUCAUGGAAAUGUGCUUUGAGCCAGUCGAUAAUAGAGCAACAUUUGUGCAAGUCUGCAACAGGUACAAAGAUCUCACAAGCCCAUUGCCUACAUGGAAUGGAAUAGCCAACAAGUUGAUUGGAAUAGGAUCAGCCGUCUGAGAUAGAGAGAGAAUGCACAUUUAAAUAAAUCAUGAACAAACCGAAGAGAGCCAACGAAAAAAAAAGAAAAAAAUGACUCUGAUUGCAUUGAAAUAAAUUCGAUUUGAAUAUGCUAAAUAGAUUUCCAAAUU